GCAGAAAGGAAAUGUGUCAUCUGUGGUUUGGUUUUAAAAGUGGAAAGCUAGCUGUACAUAUCCUUUUUUUUUUCACUGCAGAUUUACUUUAAGGUUCAUAUUCUCCAAGUCUAUUCUGCUUUAAAUUACUUGGAAGCUGUGCUUCAAGACAAGAAAAGAAGUGGCUUAUUAAAAUCAGGUUAUAACCAAAUUUUGACCAAGAAUUUGUAAGAUUACCGGUAUACUCAUGGACAUGGAACACGCAGGACAUUACCUGCAUCUUGCCUUUGUGAUGACAACAGCUUUUUCUUUGUGUCCUGGAACAAAAGCAAACUAUACCCAUCUGUGGGCUAACAGUACUACUGUCUGGGAUCCAGAUAUUCAAAAUAAGACGGGCAGAAACCAAAAUGAAAACAUGAACACAAACCCUACAACUUCUGCAGUAGAUAAAAAGAGUAAUUCUACAAACAUGACUGAAAUCGCCACGUCAUCUCCUGUCCUACCUCUAACUCCUAAAUCGGAACUGGAGAUUUAUAUACCUUCUGUUGUCAGGAACAGCUCUCCAACAGUACCGAGCAUCAAAAACACAAGCAAGAGUCCCCAUGAAAUUUUCAAAAAAGGGGUCUGUGAGGAAAACAACAACAAAAUGGCUAUGCUAGUUUGCUUAAUUAUAAUUGCAGUGCUUUUUCUUAUCUGCACCCUCCUAUUUCUUUCGACUGUAGUUCUGGCAAACAAAGUCUCAUCCCUCAGACGAUCAAAACAAGUAGGCAAGCGUCAGCCGAGAACCAACGGCGAUUUUCUGGCAAGCAGUGGUCUAUGGCCUGCUGAAUCAGACACUUGGAAAAGAGCACAACAGCUCACAGGGCCCAACCUAAUGAUGCAAUCUACUGGAACUCUCACAGCUACAAGGGACAGAAAAGAUGAAGGAGGAACUGAAAAACUCACUAACUAACAGAAGCUUUAGUGAAGACAAAUGCAAAGUAGCAAUGAGAAAGCUUAUGAAGUAAAAAUGAAAUCCGUUUGGCAUUUAAUGCCACAAGUUGGUCUAAGAUCUGUUGACAUGGCAGCCUUGCAAUUUAGAAUCGAGCAGGCGAGAAGGGAAGAAGUCAGUUCACCUUCUCAAAUACUUAAACUGUGCACUUUCAUUCUGACACUGAAUAUUUUAAGAAGCAAAUAAUAAAACACCCAAGGACGUGGAGAAGGUUUUAAAGAUGAGUUGAAGGAACUAAUUAAUGGAGGUAGAAAGGAACAAUUAAAUAUUUCCUGUUCAGCAGCAGUAGUUAGAUGAUCUUUGUCUGAAUGUAAUUAAACUUUGAAGAGUUUUAAUGUGUCCUUAGAGGCAAGUAUAUGCUUCAACAUCUAACAGAAGCCAAAUUCCUAAUGCACAGAGUUGAACUGUAGUUUAACGGUGCCUCUGCUGAAUGAGACGGAAUCUGUCCCAGCUCGUAGAUCAACACAGCUAAUUUUAUGCUAGAUGUUUUCAUCUUUAAGUAUGGCACACAUAAGAAAGUGUUUUUCUACUACAAAUAUUUAAUUAAAACUUUUAAUUUUGUAUCGUAAGACUCAUUAGAAUAAAACUGACUACA